AAAAGAUGGCAGAGAGCGAGUUCAAACUUGGCCAACGAGUCCACUCAGCCGGAGACCCCCGGCGAAUCGGAACGGUGGCCUACGUGGGGCCCGUGCAGGGCUACUCCGGCGUCUGGAUCGGAGUCGACUGGGACAACGGUGAUGGCAAGCACGACGGCUCCAUCAAUGGCGUCCGAUACUUCCACGCCAAGUCCGAGCGAUCCAGUUCCUUCGUUCGCGCCCACAAUCUCAGCUCCGGCAUUUCUCUUCUCGAAGCUCUCCGCCUCAGAUACCAAGGCGAUACCACUAAAGAAGAAGAAGAUGAAAUGUACGUUCUUUCGGCGAGCAACAAACGGGUAUCUGUUGAGCUAGUGGGUAAAGAUAAGAUUCAGGAUAAACUAAGUCGAUUUGAGGAGUUGACGGGUGCAUCACUUUCUUUCUUGGGUGUUAGCUCUCCUGGAUCAUCCCCUUGUGAUAUUGGCACUGUCCUGCCAAAUUUAAAGGAGCUUGAUUUGACUGGAAAUCUGCUAUCAGACUGGAAGGAUGUUGGCACAAUCUGUAAAGAGUUACCGAAUCUUGCAGCACUUAAUAUAUCUUACAAUUUAUUGGCACAAGAUAUUUUCGGGCUGCCCCAACUAAAAAGCAUCCGUAUUUUGGUUUUGAACUAUACUGGUGUAAAUUGGGCAAAGGUUGAAGUACUUAAAUAUUCACUGCCAGCAAUUGAAGAGCUACAUCUUAUGGGAAAUAACAUAAGCACAAUAGAUCCUCCGUCAUUCCUUACAGUUCAUGGGUUUGAUUCUCUACGGCUUCUGAAUUUGGAAGACAAUUGUAUAGCUGAUUGGAUAGAAAUACUGAAACUUUCACAGCUGAGAAGCUUGGAGCAGCUUCAUCUAAACAAGAACAUUUUGAACCGCAUCUUUUACCCUGAUAAUGAUAUGAUUGGUGAACUUUCAAUUGCUUCUGAAUUGCAUGAGAAAAGUGACGAGCCAUUCCAGAAUAUGCGCUGCCUUCUACUCGGAAGCAACAAUCUUCAGGAUCCGGCUUCUAUUGACGCACUAAACUCAUUUCCGAAGCUAGUGGAUAUACGGCUGUCGGACAAUCCAAUUUUAAACAUUCCGAGGUUUGUUUUGAUUGCACGCUUGGAAAAAGUUGAAAUUCUGAACGGUAGUGAGGUUAGCAUCCGAGAAAGAAAAGAGUCGGAGAUUCGGUAUGUCCGUCUAGUUAUGUCAAAGUUGCAAGGCAAUCUAGAAGAUAUCCGGCAGCUACACCCUAGGUUUGCUGAGCUUAAAAAAAUUCAUGGAAUUGACGAUGAAAAGCCUUCAACUGGGGUAGCUGGGCCUCAGAAAAUGGCAUCAGGACUUCUGUCUAUCACUCUAAAAUGUGUUGGAGCAUCCAUUGGAGAGAGAAGCCCAUUGACAAAGAAGCUCCCGGCCACCACAACGGUUGGCAAGCUAAAAAUCCUUUGUGAAAGCUUUUUCAAGUUGAAGUCCAUUAAGCUGAAAUUGUUUCUACAAGAAGAGGGUUCUCCUUUGCCAAUAAUGCUUGAUGAUGAAAUGGCAUCUCUAAUGGAUGUCGGGGUCGGCAAUGAUUCGACCAUCCUUGUUGACGAAGAGAGUUAACAGAAGUAUAUCGAACAUCAACUACAAGUAUAACUUGUUCUGAUCGGUCACAAUUCCUCUCAUUUUUGCACAUUUGCCAUGCACUAUUAUGUGCUCUUUACGUUGUACUUUUUUCCCCCCUACGGUUUUCAACUAUGGAAAUGGGAAUUUGAGUUUUCCAGAAGUUUUUCAUUUCGUAGAAAUGUGGGAGCAAUAUUAGUUGUCCCAUAGGUUGAAUUAUACACACACGAUGAGGUUACGAGGUGCGAUAUUCUAGGUACUUGGGACUUUCCAAGUUUAAUGUGGAUUGGUUUGAAGCCAAACUUCUUGAUGAAUUG